AUGGGCAUCUCCGGCCUACUUCCUCUGCUCAAGUCAAUUCACAAGCAAUGUCAUCUCCGGCAGUUCGCCGGCCAGACCCUGGGCGUCGACGCCUAUGGCUGGUUGCACCGCGGCACGGUUGCUUGCGCCAUUGAUUUGGCUCUUGAUAAGCCGACCAGGAAGCAUAUCGACUAUUGCAUGCACCGCGUUCGUAUGCUCAUUCAUUUCGGCAUUAAGCCGUACCUUGUGUUCGAUGGUGACCAUCUUCCGGGUAAAGAGGUCACCAACAAGGAAAGAGCUGCCAAGCGCAAGGAGAGCAAGAGGGCCGGAACGGAAUUGUUGAAGCUCGGGAAGACCUCGCAAGCCCAUUUGGAACUGCAAAAGGCCGUCGAUGUUACCCCGGAAAUGGCACGCAUGCUCAUUGAGGAGCUGAAGCUGCAUGGUGUCGACUAUGUUGUUGCGCCGUACGAAGCCGACUCGCAGAUGGUGUAUCUCGAGAAGAAGGGUAUCAUCUCGGGAAUCGUUUCUGAGGACUCGGAUCUCCUCGUCUUUGGUGCCAAAUGCUUGAUCACUAAGCUUGACAAUUACGGAGAAUGUGUCGUCAUCAACCGCGCGGACUUCACGGCCUGUAAGGAUGUCAGCCUCGUUGGCUGGACAGAUGCGCAGUUCAGGCAGAUGGCGAUUCUUAGUGGCUGUGAUUACCUGCCGAGCAUCAACAAGAUGGGUCUCAUAACUGCCUAUCGUCUUCUUCGCAAACACAAGACGGCCGAGAGGGUCCUGCGGCAGAUCCAAUUCGACGGAAAAUUCAAAAUGCCUGCUACUUAUCCAGAGGCAUAUGCUCAAGCCGAGCUGACAUUUCUAUACCAAUGGGUCUUCUGUCCUUCAGCGAAGCGGUUGGUGCACUUUACACAGCCCGGGCCGGACGUCGAAAUCGAGCAGCUUCUGCACAUUGGCCGUUAUGUCGAGCCGAAGAUAGCGACGGGUGUUGCGCUAGGAGAGCUGCACCCCAGUACCAAGAGGCCUAUCGAGUUGCCGCAGUCGUUCCGCCCAGUCAAGCUUCCCGCUCCAGUUUCUCGGAGGGUCUCAGCCAUGCAGACGCCCGACUUGAAGAAGAGCAAGUCUAUCGAUUCGUUCUUCAAGCCAAAGCGUAUCCCCCUUGCAGAGCUCGACCCGAACCUAUUUACUCCUUCUCCGAGUCAGCAGCAGGCUUUCCAAGAAAAUCAGAACCGCGGCAGCUGGAGCGCUUCGCCUAUCCCGGCUCAGCCUGCUCGACCUACUGCAGCCCCCACCUCCGUACCUCCUCAAGGAUCCCGCAGAAUCGCUUCAGAGCCUUGGAUCACAAGGCGAGCUUCAACAACGCGCCCGUCCAAACGACAAAGACUCUGCUCAGACACGAUGCUCCUGCCGAACGCCGACGGCGGCUUCAAGGUCGAAAGUGGGAGCAGCCGUUUCUUCGCAACCGCCGUCGAGCCAAGCCCGUCUACUCGUCGUUCAAAGUCGAAAAAGACAGACGCCCAGGACUUCGACCUCUGGUCAGAUGACUCUAUUGAGGAAGCUAUGAAAGAGCUGCCUGAUCCGAGCCAGACCACAACUGGGUCCAAAGCGUCUCAAAGUAGCAAGUCAUCUUCACUGAAGCGCAGCCUUUCCACGUCACUAAGACAAGAGUCUCAAGAUGCAACCAGCUCUUCUACUCCUGUCACUUCAUGCGAUAGCCAGAGUACUCCUUAUGAGAGCCAAGCCUCAGUGUCUGGAACCCAGGAUAUGAGCGACUUCAAGGAUCUGGCCAAAACCUUCGAGCACAAGCCUGACUCCCAGAAGCAGUCUCAAUCAUUGAAGCUGACCGAAGAAUUCUCCUGGGGUAGGAAGGCCUCUCAAUCUACAGGCUCGAUUUCCACCACAUCAAAGUUCUCCAAGGCGGAAUCGGGUAUUGUGGCCACAUCGGACCAGGUUUUCGAUGACGAUGACUGGACUGCCAACGAUGCUGAGGUUGUCAUUCCCCGGAGCAGUCAGGCUGAGCCGGCGGAUGACUUGACACCAAAAGCCUCCAAGCACUCGUCUUCUGACAUGCCUCUCACUGCGACCAAGGGCAGCGAGGAUCUUGACAUCGUUCCCGAUAGCGAAAGUGAGGCGACGUUAUCAGAUACCGAGGAUCGGGUGAAAGCCAUGAAGCAGAGGCUUGACCUUGAGCGCUUCAGGUUCGGCGCCAAAUAA